AUGAAGGUCGAAGGAACUUCGGUUGACUUAAUAAUGAGUCGCCUGAAUUUACCAUAUGUUCCCAACCCACUUGUUUUUAAUCAAAAACCCGAAAAAUUCUACUCUAAUGUGGACCACUUUUCUGUUCAUGGUUUAUCGGGCCUACACCUUUCACAAAAAAUUCGGGAACUUGUUCCCGAUUUUUCACUUUUUACUGACCUUCUUAAAGUCAUUAAAAUCUGGACCUCUCGGCGUCUUAUCAAGGACUAUGUGUAUGGAUUUCCCGCUAGUGUCGCUUGGGCAAUAUUAUGUGCAUAUAUCUGCAUUAACACAGCCAGCAACUCCUCGGAUUCAGGAACCUAUCUUGGCUUACUAGAUCAGACAGUUGCUACUGACUCGGCUGAGUUUCAGUCGGGGAAUCGCAGCAAUGAUGCAUCUUUCCUACGAGAUUUUGUGGCGGCUAUAAGUCCGAUGGGGUCGUCAUCCAAAUCACAAAUUAUUCCGAAUGAUGUCGGUUGUCGAAAUCGAGGUUCAAACCACAGGCUUACUUUGCUUGUCCAGAUAUUCUUUACAUACUUCUCACAUUGGGUGUGGCCAAGUCCAGUUGUUCUUGCGCCAGUAAUUUCUGUACCGCAGCUGCGACUUUAUUCGUGGGAUCCAAAAUGCGAUUCACAAAACGGCCAUGACUUAAUGCCCAUUAUAACCCCUAUUUUUCCACACAAGAACGCUGCUUAUACUGUUCGCCCCUCAAGUCGAGAUAUUGUUGUGAAGGAACUUCAACGAGGGUGUCGUUUGGUCAGAAGAAUUAUUCGCGGCUCUGCCAAUUGGGAGGAGCUUUUUGAGCCCUACGACAUCAGCCAGGACCACAGGCUAACACUGUCAGCAGAUAACUACCAGGAAUUGGUUCGUCUUGGUGGACUAAUCGAUUCCCGGCUAAGGGAUCUCGCCAGCUUUCUCGAGGAGCAUGAAUUCAUUCAGGCUGUUAGAAUAACCAAAGCCUCUGACCUGCCUAAAUCAGGAUUAUCGUCUCGUCAGUCAUUGGGUUGCCACAGCAGUGAAAAUGAUGCUGACAAUAAAGAUGAAGCCUGCUUCAGCCGAACAUGGCUUCUCGGGAUGAAAAUGGUUCAAGCCACACCUCUGCCCGAUGGGACACAGCCAGAGCGCCAAAUCGACGUAACGGAAUACCUGAUAAGAUUCUAUGGUAUAUUGCAUGAACGGGACUCGCGCACAAACUUCCUGGAAAAGCUGGUCGCCUCCUACGUAACCAAGUAA